AUGCACCUGCCGCCACGUGGCCCAGAAAAGUCCAACCGGAAGCCACCUCCCAAGAAGAAGAUGACAGACACCCUGGAGACACGGUUCACCUGCCCCUUCUGCACCCAUGAGAAGUCUCGUGAUGUGAAAAUGGACCGUGCUUGCAAUACCGGAGUUGUCUCUUGGACAAGGUGCCUCGUGGAAUUCCAGACCCCGUCUCGCAUCUGUCACAGCGAUUGGAUGAAUGCCUGCGAGGCAGCCCAUCAGUAG